AAUUAAAGUCUCCUUAAUCCUCUGAAUAUACUCGGGAGUCGGCUCGCUCUUGCUCCAUGAGAAGAAAGGCCAGGCCUACACCAAAAUAACCACCGUUACCUUCAAAUUCCCAUAGAACGGUAUCGUUCGCUGCUCCGGUGAGGUAUCUACGUCGGGCAUCUCAGCUUGUUAGUCUCCGCAGUGCGCUCUUAGUUGUUUGCAGGUCCUUUUCCUGCUGCACCUAACGCGGGAAGCUUAAACUGGAAGAACUACACGGAGAGAGUAUAUUGACUCUUUGACAGCAGGCUCCUCUCCAACUGUGAAUUCUGUUGCCCAGCUUCAUCAGGCCGACGGUGGGCUCGAGAAGUCUAAAGAAAUUGGCAGCAUGGAGGCACAAAAUUAUUCUGACCAUCCACAAUUGAAGCCAAUUCAAAUCUUAUCUGGAACUGCAAAGGAAGGUAGCAUUGGACCACAGAUUGGUCUUACGGACAUUGGCGAGAGUGAAGAUGCCUACCUUUUUCGGGUUGCAUUGCCGGGUCUCAAAAAGAAUGAAUGUCAGGUGAAAUGUAACAUCCAACGUGAUGGAAAGGUUCAGAUAAAGGGAUUGAUAACAACAACUGGAGGUGUUUUGGAAAACUCAUCAAGUAUAUUCCAGAUGAGACUCAAUCAACUAUGUCCUCCUGGUCCAUUUACAAUCACAUUCUAUCUGCCUGGACCUGUCGAUCCCCGCCUAUGUUCUCCCAAGUUCCGUGGCGAUGGCAUCCUGGAAGUGGUGGUUUUCAAACCCAGAACACCAAACAUUUCCCAACAAGUUUGAGUACUUUUUCUGGAGCAUUUUGAACAUCAUCAACAUUUACAAUAUUAGUUGUUGAAACAUGAGAAACUAAUGUACUGCUACAAGGACAGUAGAAAUCGUGUCGUAAACUGUAUGUUGGAUUUCCAAUUAGUUGUUGAUUUGAAGAAAUUUAUGUUAUGGAUUCAUUUAGCCGAACUGAAAGUCAUUUGAAGAAUGCAGAUUGCUGCACAUAGCCAAA